CACACGCUCUGAAACAAAGAACCUAGAAGCCAAAUAAGAAGAACAACUAGAAGGAAGAAGAUUUGUUCAGAACGAGAAAGAAAGAAAGAGAGAUUGAGCGAGCAUUGUGGCGACCGAAAACCCAGAAGGAGAGACACUUAACAGUCGUCUCCAAGUGUUCUUCUCGUCACUUUUGGCGAGUCUUGGAGGGGUUUUUGGUCACAAUCAAGAAGAAGUAGAGGAAUCAGGAAUGGCUACAAAAGCUGUUGUUCAACAGCAACCCAGAGGGGAAGGAGGAAAGCAGAAGAAUGGGCAAGUGGAGGGAAGAAAUCGACGUGUUCUAGGAGAUAUUGGAAACCUUGUGACUGUUCCAGCUGUUGAAGGAAAAGCCCAGGCUAAAGUCUCCCGACCCAUAACCAGGAGUUUUCGCGCACAAUUACUUGCUAAUGCACAAGCAGCAGCAGAGAAGAAUCAGAAUCAAAAGAAACCACUUGGAGAAAUUGUUAAUGGAGCUUUGGUAGGAAAAGUUGCUGCGGCAACAAAAGCAGCAGUUCAGAACAAGGAAUCCGACAAGCCGAAAACUGAAAAAGUAUUUAUUAUAAGUCCUGAUGAAGAACCCAAGUCCAAAGAUGAAAAUCCCAUCAGUGAAAGAAAAUCAAGAGCAGGGUCAUCAAGAAAGGCUCUCACAUCAGUCCUCACUGCUCGAAGCAAGGCUGCUUGUGGACUCACUAACAAACCGAAGGAGGACCCCACCGUAAACAUUGAUGCAGCAGAUGUUGAUGAUGAAUUGGCAGUUGCGGAGUAUGUUGAGGAUAUCUACAAGUACUACAAACUCACAGAGGAUGAGGGUCGAGUUCAUGACUACUUGGAUUCACAACCAGACAUUAACUCCAAAAUGAGGACAAUCCUUGUAGACUGGUUGAUUGAAGUUCACAGAAAAUUCGAACUAGUGCCUGAAAGUCUAUAUCUCACCCUUAAUGUAGUGGAUCGCUUCCUUUCCAUGAAGACUAUACCAAGGAGGGAACUUCAGUUGGUUGGCAUCAGCUCAAUGCUCAUUGCAUGCAAAUAUGAGGAGAUAUGGGCACCAGAGGUUAAUGACUUUAUUGCCAUAUCAGACAAUGCUUAUGUAAGGGAGCAGGUACUUCUCAUGGAGAAAGCAAUUCUGGGAAAGCUGGAAUGGUACUUAACUGUUCCAACGCCAUAUGUGUUCCUCGUUCGAUAUAUAAAGGCGUCUGAUCCAUCUGAUCAGAAGAUGGAGAAUAUGGUGUUCUUCUUGGCUGAACUUGGUCUGAUGCACUAUUCAACCAUUAUACUUUACUGCCCAUCAAUGCUUGCUGCUGCUGCUGUCUAUGCUGCCCGUUGUACUCUCAACAAAACCCCUCUUUGGACCAAAACACUGAAGCACCACACAGGCUAUUCCGAAGAUCAGAUAAGGGAUUGUGCUAAGCUCUUGGUUAGCUUUCACUCAGCUGCUUCAGAAAGCAAGCUCAAGGCAGUUUACCGUAAAUUUUCAAAUCCAGAUAGAGGCUCUGUUGCUCUUUUUCCUCCAGCAAAAAGUCUUUUGGCUGCGGAAAACCACAUUAGUAGUAGUAGUAGUGUUUAGUUGAGAUCAUGGUGUGUAUAUGAUCUCUGCCUUUUGGCUACCUAUUUUUUCAUUUGAAAGACCUCUGAUUUUGAUUUGAUUUACUACUAGUAAACUGCAUUUGUCAUUCAUUUACCCUGCGUUGUUAACAGCAUUUGUCUAUUAAAUUCCAAAGUUGUGUCCUUUUUUCAUUAUUUUGCUUCUUCAUAUGCCAAUAUAAUAACAGCUUUUAAAGAACCAUAGUCAACUUACAGACGCAUAGUGACAAUUCAUUUACCCAGGUUUGAAACUUAUUUCCCAAACUACUACCAUUAGUUAUGAGAAAUCAAGAUUUUCAAACACGCUUUUGAGGUUUUUCUAGUAAAAAGUGUCGUUUUAACCCAUGCUUUAAUAGAAACAACAGCUGUUUAGAAGUCCAUUGUUCUAAAACAAAAUGGCUAGGCCUAUCUAAUCUCCUUUCUCUAUGACCAGAGAAGUCAGAUUUCUUUAUUUCGUUGUGUUGAUUCAUUGGAGAACAUGGGAAGAUCAGC